AUGGCUCCGAAUCGCGAUCACAAACCCGCAGCAUCUGCUCAGCCUUCUCGGCAGAUAUUUGUUGCCGUUGAUUUUGGCACCACCUUUUCUGGGGUCGCCUGGGCGCAGACUGCUCGUCCGGACGUGCAAACGGCAAUCCUUCAGUGGCCUGACACGGAUGGCUCACUUGAGGGACAAAGCAGCGAAAAGGUUCCAACCCAGCUGUGCUAUGUCGGUACUGAGUGUCUAUGGGGUUUCGGAAUUCCCGAGGAAAAGGCUCGUUACCAGUGGUUUAAGCUUGAUCUCGAUCCCAGCCAGAAGCAGAAUGGGGUGUCUCUCCUGUCCGUUGACUAUCCCGACCCCAAAGCUCUGCCUCCAGGAUACAACGACAAGCCGAGCGCAAUCAAAGUGGCGACGGAUUAUCUUGCAAUGCUUCAUCAUCACACUGAAAAGAUACUCAGGUUGAAACUAGGCGACAGUAUUGUGGACACCACCCCGCUUCGCUAUACCAUUACUGUGCCUGCCAUUUGGAGCGAUGCUGCGAAGGCUAAAACCCAACGAUGUGCGUUUGCCGCCGGGAUGGGACAUGAUAUUCGAAUGGUUUCGGAGCCAGAAGCAGCAGUCAUUUACGCUCUUGAUGCGAUGGACCCGCAUAACCUUCAAAUUGGCGACAACUUCGUUCUCUGUGAUGCAGGAGGCGGUACUGUCGAUCUGAUCACAUACACCAUCGUAUCGCGAAAACCUACCGUCAAAGUACGGGAGGCAGUGCCUGGUGCGGGAGCUUCCUGCGGGAGUACAUUCUUGAACCGCAUCUUUCAAAAGUAUCUAGAAGAAAAUCUCAGCGAUCUGGAUGGGUUUGACGAGGAUACCUUGGAAGACGCCAUGAACGAGUUCGAGAACAUCACGAAGCGCAAAUUCACCGGGCAAGAAGAAAGCAUAAUCGUCCGUGUCCCUGGACUGACCGACAACGUCGAGAAAGGAAUCAAGCGUCAAAAGCUCACAAUCAAGGCAGCUGUCCUCAAGGAUCUUUUCAGCCCGGUCAUGACUGCCAUUACAACUCUUGUCAAAUCCCAACUACAACAAUCAAAGCAGGCAAAGGCAGUCAUUCUCGUUGGGGGCUUCGGCCAAUCACCCUAUCUUCGUAGUUGCCUACAGCAGGUUGUCGGAGAGAACAUCGAGAUCAUGCAGCCUGCGUACGGUUGGACAGCUGUAGUCCGGGGUGCGUUACUGCACGCCCUCCAUGAUACGACUCCCGACGAAUUAAGGAUCAAUAUCGCUUCAAGGCGGGCCCGGCGAGCAUAUGGAACAUUGCGAUUGGAGUGGAUCCGAAACGACGAUCCCGAGCACAUAGGUCGUCCGAGAACAUGGAACUCCUAUGAAGGACGUUACUCGCUCGACGCUAUGAGAUGGUUUGUGGAGAAGGGUCAUGAGGUUGACCAAAGAAAUCCGCUUGUUACUCCCUGGUACAUGUCGAGACCGGUGUCCGAAGGUCCAUUUCCGGUCAGAAAUUUCACUCUGUACACUUUCAUUCCUGAGGAAGAGGAGCACGCACCGAGAUUUCCUUGCGAAGAAGUAAAGGAGUUUGUGGAGCUAACCGCUGACCUAGCUGCCAUUCACCACAGCAUGAUUCCGAUCAGAAAGGGUAAAGACGGGCAAAUGUAUUAUGUACUGGAAUACCAGAUCAAGAUCGCGUUCUUCUCAGCACACAUGGAAUUCUCCCUGUGGUAUCUGGGCACAGAGUAUGGCAAGGUGAAGGCCGAGUUUCUCUGA